UGCUGGUUGUGGUAGCGGUGGUGGUGGUGGUUGUGUUUUUGGUUGUUUGCAAGUGACGUUGCGUCUGGAGAAUGUCAAUGUUAUUUAUUUACAUGAUGCGUGGCUCGCUCAAGGCAUGACAUUCACCCGAGGGUGCAUUCGCUCCAGUAAACCUCGGACCAAGGAGAUGAUGGGCCAUGGAUCCGCCGCCCUCAGAAUCCCGUCAGGAUCUUGAAUCCUUGAAGUCGACUGCUUUUGUGGUGCACUUUGAAUCUCCUAAUGCUACAAGACGACCCACACAUAACAAACGGAUGAGACAUAUGCGAAACUUGUCGCUCCCAAUUACUGGUUUUUACAAUAGUCAGGCAAAUGAGUCAGUAGCAGCACCUCCCAGUGGUGCUCCGCGGUGUGCAGGUUACCACUCUGAAGGAUACUUCUCAAGUGAUCAAGAGGAUGACUCAGCCCGUUCUCGUUUACAGAAUGUGAGACGUCCAAGUUUAGGAAAUGGUGAGACCUGUGCUUUAUCUCCUAUGGCAGAAAAUGCACCAGGUAUUGGCGACAAGAACAAUAACGGUGAUGAUGAGUCUGACACAUUAAGUGACACAGGAACUUACACAAUUGAUAAAGAAACCACAGAAGUGAAGCAUGCUCGAAAUGCAAUAUCAAAAGUGUUUGGUUUGCAUGAAGAAAGCAGAGAUGAAAAUAAUGUUCCAAACAAUCAUCAUGAAAAUAGUUGGGUAUCAGAAUGGGCGAGCCGUCUAGUUUCUGCUCAACGAGAUCCUGCACCCUCUCCAACAACAGAAUGUAGACCUAUUUGUAGCCCAAGAUCUCCUCAAAGGUUAAAUCAUCUUAGUAAAUCUGAACCUCAAUUCGAGGAAGAUGACUCUGCUUUAGAAACAGCUUCAUUUUUACGAACAACAGAAUCAGUUGUGAGCGCCAUGACUGCACGUAUGUCUAAUAGUCUCUCUUUAGACUCUGGUGAUGAAUCAUCAGAUAUAAGUGAUCCUCUAGGACCCACAAUCAAAAAGCGGUUGGCCCCAGCUACUACUGAAAUAGCAUCAAUACAAACUAGACCGAACAGAGCAUUUAGUUUGCGGCGAGCUAGACUUGGCUGUGAUGCACCUGCAGAAGAUCGCAAGAAAGGUGCAAUUUUGGCUACAGAGCCAAUUCAGGUGUCUGUGCCUGCUCCUGCUCCUGCUCUUGCUCCUGCCCCAGCAGCAACAUUUGUACCUACAACAACAAGUAAACAGUGUCGGAAAGGUUCAGUUGAUUCAUCUCGUAGCUCUUCUAACUCAUCGCCUAAGACUGCUAGCCCUAAGACGGCAAGUCCAAAACUGUCAAGUCCGAAAAUGGCAAGUCCUAGGCCUGUUCGAGCAGAGCCAUUUGCUCGUACAGAUUGUGGACGUUUCAGUAUGCGUACCACUAAAUCUGCUACUCCGGUCCUCUCAGCCAUAAAAAAGGAUGCAGGUCAACCUAAAACUGGCAAGAAGUUGGUUGGAGUGGGCACUAGCACAAGAAGCAAUUCAACUCUCUCUUCACGAGAAGUUGAGUUUCAAAACUGGAAGAGAAGGAAAAGCUAUGAUCCUAUGAAAGCAGCUGCGGAAGGGAAAAAAAAGGAGCAACCAGUUAAGAAACCAACAAGUGCUCUUAAUACACCUGCUUCCUCCACUUCUGCAAUGACUUCUGCUAUUCCUACUGCUGUUCCACUGCCAAGUCCUACAACAAGUCCAACUAACCAUGUGUUGAGAUCUGCAUCAUUCCAUGGUCAUGGUCAUGGUCAUGGUCUUCUUCCCUCCUACAAUGAUUUUGAUUCUGAGGAAGAUGAAGAUGAAGAUUACAGCCAGUCUCCCCCUGGGCUUGCUACUUGCCCAAGCCCGGUGCAUUCCACACCACCAAUGCAGCAGACCAUGGACAACCUUGUUAUUGUUGCUUUAUCGGGAAUAUCCCAGAAGCUGAAAUGUAGUUCAAGCAAUCUGCUCAAAAAGCUAAGGUACCUGUAUGAAUCAGAUAGUAUUGCUGCUGAGCGGCUUGAUAUGCAAAUACACCUCCUGGAAGAGGUUGAUAGAACAACACCCACUUCUCCACUAAGAAGUCCGUCCAGAGAACUUUCAUCUACUUUGAGAAACUUAAAGCGUUUAGAGAGUGCUCUGCAAG